UGCCGUUCCCUUUCAUUCGGAUUGCGAAGUAUAGCUAGCUAGAUAGCUCUGUGCCUGCAGUUUGAAAUCUUUUGGUUGUUCCAGAGGAUUGUUAUGGCAUCUCGAUACUAGCACUCUGUGUCCCCCCAAACAAAAGGAUGUUAUUUGGUAGCACUCUAAUUUCUACACAAUCCAUGGGGGCUAAGCUGCUAGCAUUGUGCAUUUCUAUGGUCCUCGUAGUGGUCUCUUGUUUAAAUUAAGUCAACAACGAUGCAUUUGUUUGUCUAUUUGCGUACGGUCAUAUUAUUCAACUUGGCAUGUAUCGUAUUGUGAAGUUUUCAUAUGAUCAGUGUUCAGCGUCAAUUGGUGUGGUUGCGCUUGCUUGAGUAGCAUUCGUUCUUGUACUAUUAGGUGACCUGUCCUGUCCACGGUGAGGUUACUGACCCUGCACACUGAAGAGUAACCGGUUCCAUAGAAAUUGUGAUCUGUGGAGUCACUUGUGCAUCUUGAAUAGGUUGCAUUUUGACAGGAGGUGCGAGAGGAAUUUUGUGCUAAAUCAUGCGCUAUUUGAGUAUUCAGGCCAUUUGCUUUUGUAAUACUUGUCACUUGUGUGUUGUGCUUCAAAGUUUUACCAAGUUACCUGGGUCCGUAUCCAUCGCUUUUUCGUAUCUUGUUAUGCUCACACAAACACUAAUUACAUGCUCCUUCCUUUUACCUUUCUUUGUUUAUCAUGCUGCAACAUGGACUUUUGAUUUGCUAUGGUAUUUCUGGAUUUCGCUACACCCACCAAACUUCCAACAGAUGGCGAGCGCCUUGACGGGGGUGAUGACCGAGGUCAUCGGCAAGCUCAUGGUUCUGCUCGGGGAAGAGUACACCAAGCUGACAGGCGUGCAGAGGGAGGUGAACUUUAUGAAGGAUGAGCUGAGCAGCAUGAAUGCCCUUCUUCAGAGGUUGGCAGAGGUGGACCAUGACCUUGAUCUGCAGACCAAGGAGUGGAGGAGACAAGUGCAGGAGAUGUCUUACGACAUAGAGGAUUGUAUCGACGACUUUAUACAUCGCAUUGGCCACAAUGGCAUGGAUGAUUCUGCAGGCCUUGUCCGUAGGGUGGUUCAACAGCUUAAGGCGCUGAGGGCUCGCCAUCAAAUCGGCAACCAAAUCCAGGAGCUCAAGGCACGUGUUGAAGAUGCUAGCAAGCGCCGCAUGAGGUACAAGCUUGAUGAUCGUGCCUUUCAGUCUAGCACCACAGCUGCCAUCGAUCCUCGUUUGCCUUCACUGUAUGCUGAGCCAGAUGUGCUUGUCGGUAUUGAACGGCCAAGAGAUGAGCUUGUCAAGUUGCUAAUGGACGGGGAGGGGGUGUCAGUACAGCAGCUCAAGGUGAUAUCUGUUGUGGGUCCUGGGGGUCUUGGUAAAACCACGCUUGCAAAUGAAGUGUACCGUAGACUGGAAAACCAGUUUCAGUGUCAAGCUUUUGUUUCUCUGUCACAGCAGCCUGAUGUAAAGAAGAUCUUAAGAAACAUACUCUCUCAAGUCAGCCAGCAGGAGUAUUUAAACAUGGAAAUGUGGGACGAGGAAAACUUCAUCAACGCAAUCCGAGAAUUUCUAAAGAACAAGAGGUACUUCGUUGUUAUUGAUGAUAUAUGGAGUACUCAAGCAUGGAAGACCAUCAAAUGUGCUUUGUAUGUGAACAAUUGUGGAAGCAGAAUUAUGACAACAACACGUAUUGUUUCUAUAGCCAAGGCUUGUUGCUCUCCUCACCACGAUUAUGUCUAUGAAAUAAUGCCUCUCAGUACAGAUAACUCUAAGAAUCUAUUCUUCAAGCGAACCUUUGGCUCCAAAGAUAUAUGCCCUCCUCAAUUGGAAGAAGUUUCCAAUGAAAUCUUGCAAAAAUGCUGUGGUUCACCACUGGCCAUUGUUACAAUAGCUACUUUAUUGGCUAACAAGGCCAGUACGAAAGAAGAAUGGGUUAGGGUGUAUAAUUCAAUUGGUUCAACACUGGAAAAUGAUCCUGAUGUGGAAGAAAUGAGAAGGAUAUUAUCACUUAGCUAUGAUGAUCUACCCCACCAUUUGAAGACGUGCUUACUCUAUUUAAGUAUAUUUCCGGAAGAUUAUGAGAUUGAAAGGGAUCAACUUGUAAAAAGAUGGAUCGCUGAAGGAUUCAUUAAUAUGGAGGGUGAACAAGAUUUGGAGGAAAUAGGAGAGAAAAAUUUUAACGAUCUUAUCAACAGAAGCAUGAUUCAACCAAUGAAAAUCAAUUGUGAUGGUCGAGUGGCUUCAUGCCGAGUCCAUGAUAUGAUUCUUGAUCUCCUUAUAUCUAAGUCUGUUGAAGAAAACUUUGCCAGUUUCAUCUGUGGAAAAAAUAAAAAAAUAUCGUUACAGGGUAAGGUUCGCAGGCUAUCUCUCAACUAUUAUUCGCAAGAGCAUGCCAUGGUUCCAUCAGCAGCGAUCAUUUCUCAUUGUCGAUCACUCAGUAUCUUUGGAUAUUCUGAACAGAUGCCUCCUCUUUCGAAGUUUCAAGUUCUUCGAGUACUCGAUAUAGAAAAUGGUGAGGAGAUGGAACACAAAUAUUUUGAACAUAUAAUGAGGCUUUGUCACUUGAAGUACCUGAGACUCCAUCUAAGAAGCAUUCCUGCACUCCCAGAACAACUUGGAGAGCUGCAGCACUUGAGGACACUGGAUCUAGGAGGGACAAAAAUUACAAAAUUGCCAAAAAGCAUUGUUCAGUUGAAAAAUCUAACAUGUUUGCGUGUUUGCGAUCUGGAAUUACCUAAAGAAAUCGAGAAUUUGCGUGCUCUCCAUGAGCUUUCAGAGAUCAAAAUCAACCGAAACUGCUCGGCGUCCUCUUUGCUGGGGCUGGGCUGUCUGACUGAACUGAGGAUUCUUCGACUUCGCUGGUCCAUUGUCAAUGCGAAUCCUGAAAGCAAAGUUAUUGUCGAUAACUUGCUAUCAUCACUCCGCAAACUUGGCAGACUCAACCUUCGGUCUCUAUGCAUCCAGAGUUAUUAUGGUUAUUCCAUAGAUUUCUUGUUGGAUUCUUGGUUCCCUACCCCUAAUCUCCUCCAGAAGUUUCAGAUGAGCUCUAACUACUACUUCCCUAGAAUUCCAGCUUGGAUAGCAUCACUUGGCAGCCUUACCUACCUAGACAUCAAUGUUGAUCCAGUACAGGAGGAGACACUGGAGAUCCUUGGAAACUUACCUUCGUUGAUGUGCCUCUGGAUAACAUCAAAGGCAGCAGACCCCAAAGAAAGGCUUGUUGUGAGCAGUAGCAUGUUCAUAUGUCUGAAGGAGUUCCAAUUCACCUGCUGGAGGAACAGGGUUGGGCUGAUGUUUGAAGCGGGAGCCAUGCCAAGACUCGAGAAGCUGCGAGUUCCAUUCAAUGCAUGCAGCGGUCUCAAUUUUGGCAUAGAGCACCUCUCUUCCCUCAAGCAUAUUAUUAUCGAGAUCAUUUGCAGCGGCGCGACGGUUCAUGAAGUGAAGGCAUUGGAGGAAGCUAUCAGGAACACAGCUGAUCUCCUUCCAAACAGACCCACCCUUUUAGUCCGAACAUGGGAUGAAGAAAAUAUGGUGGAGGAAAGCAUGACUGAAGAGGAGAUCCACACAAGCAGAUGAAUUCAGCAUGCAGUAUAUGUAUGUGUACACAGCAAGCAUCUCAUUUGGCAGUUGCCAAGGUUUUAUUUUUCUUUUCUCCUGGGAAUAGCUACAGUACAAAGCUGUUUUUUUUUAUCAGUGUUAUACUACAGAUGAAGUAUGCAUUGUCCAGUCCUCCAGAUAUGCUACUUGGCAUGACAUUGCUCCCAAUUUUUUAAUAAACUUUACGUAAUGUUCAAGAAGUGCAGAAGCAGGAGCAUGGAAAUAAGCUAAUAUUUAAUUGAUGUAAAUAACGUUUUAUGGUCCUCAGUUGAUGUCUGUCUUUCAUAAAUCUGAAUCAGUAACUUUUUUUU